AAAGACGUGCGUCAAUACGCAGGCGCGUUUAUUGUGGACACUACCGCAAUAAUGGCAGCGUUAUGUUCUCCGAAAAUCGCAGAGAUAUCCGGUUACUCGGGUUCCAGUCGAAAUCUGCAGAAAGACUUCCCGUGUAAAAUCUGCGACGCAAACCGUAAGGAGACUUUCGGCGUGAUCGUCUCGUCCUUGAAGAAUCUAGUAGCCAAAGGAAAGCAAAAAUUCGGGCUGGACCAACAUGACCCACGACCCUGUACAGUUGUGCUAGAAGAAGAUGGAACAAUUGUUGAUGAAGAAGAUUAUUUUGAGCAUUUGCCAACAAACACAAAGUUUAUGAUUCUUGGUCCUUAUGAAAAAUGGAUUCCACAAAAUGCUGAAAUAAAGCCAGUCCUGGACACAAGAACUCAUUGUGGUAUUGGUGAUUCAGUAGACUGUGUGGAUUACGCUGAUGGUUCCAGUAAUUGGAAAGUACUUGCUUAUCGACUUCGACAAAACCUUGCUGAGAUUAUUACAAUGUCUGAGGCUGAAUUGCAGACACUGAUUGAUGUGCCAACUGGUGAGCUGGCAGUCGAACUGGGAGUAACUCCUAAAAGUGCUGAGGGUAUGCAGGACUCCCUACAACGUACCCUCGAUACCAAGGAAGAGCAACGCCAAGCAGUAGAACUACUAAAACUGUACCGGGAUGCGUUUGAGAAAGAUGACGCAACACUUCCACAAAAAACAGAAGUUGAUAGUUUUGGUGCAGCGACCAGUCAAACUACCCAGCUGAAUCAACAUAUAAUUGAUGUCCUGAGGAAGAAAUCUUCUCCAGAGAUUUCCUUGUCAAGCAGGGAACUACAGGAGGUUUUAAACGAAAAGGAAGAGAACUUGGCAUCAGCUUUGCAUCGCUCCACUGCGGAAGUUAAGAAUUUGCAACAAGACUGUAGGAAGGAACUUGGGAAGCGCUCAACCACUGUGCAGCAUCUUGAACAAUUGAGUCAGUAUUCUUCAAAGAAAAGAAAGCAGUGAAGGCUGGUCCAACAAGCAACCAAAAGUUGGUUUGAAAUCUGUCACUCCAAUACAUUUCCUUCUUUUGAUAGAUGCUGAAUUUCUUUAGCCUUUCCUUACUAUUCUUAAAGAUAGAUUGCAAAUCACCAGUGUGCAUUUCUGUGUAGUUGGAAAUAUUUUGUGUAGGUUUGUACUCAACUGUUUUGAUGACCUUUAUUUAGUUAAUAGCCAUUGCUUUAGUCUGCUUUGUACUAAACCAGUAAUUCACCAGUUUAAAUCCUGAGGGCAUAAGUUAACUACACAAUGAUGUUUUUUUUUCAAAGGAUGGUAAUUAAAUCUUCAUUUUCAAAUUUUAAUUCCCUACCCUCCACCUCUACACCAGCUUAUAUUUGUAGGUUCUUCACCCAUAUUUCUCUAUUUAUUACUGCUUUCAAUUUAUAUAAGGACAUGGAAAAGCUUAAGCAAAAAAAAGGUUAAAUCAGUUGAUGAGAGCUCAGCUGAUCGUUCAUAUACUCUAGUUCAAAUUUAUUGUUGCAGCCUGGUCACUGACUAGAGCUGUAGUCAAAUCUGAGAGCACACAUUAGUUGCAAGCAUCCAUCAGUUCAGUCACCUACUAUGUCUUGCACCAUUUCCAGUGGAGCACCAUGUGCAUUAAAACUAAAGCCCACAGCAGGAUGUGCAGCACAAUCUCCUGACUGUGGUAGGAAGGGACAAUGUCAAGAGGGUGCUACAACUGAAUCUGAUUUCAUUGGAGGUAUGGAUGCUGUAGAGAAGGUUUGGACGUUUUCUGGAACAUGAAGAAUUUAGAUAUUUGACACCCCAGCAUGAGCAAUGCUGGUGCCUCUAUCACAGAGCUUCCCAACCUUUUUUUUAUCCCAGGGACCAGUACCAUUAAGCAAAGGGUUCAUGGACCCCAGGUUGGGAACCCCUGCUCUCGUAGGCCUUUUUUUGUCCAAACCUGAAAAGGUGCCACUGGAGGUAAUAAUCAAUUGCCUGAGCAUCAAAGACAAUUUCCCUUGCCACUCCUAAUUAAAGGCACUGUCUCAGCUAGGAGCAUGAAUCCAUUGAUACUUAGUCUUUUUCACCGGCACAAGAAGUCAUUUUUCAUCCAUGAGCUGGGCUGUACCUGGUGUUUGAUGAUUAUAUACCAGGAACAUUAAUUUCAAAAGAAUUAAAAUGUUAAUAGUAAGAAAGCUGGUCAACAGUCGUUUCUCAUGCCAGAAGAAAUUAUUUGUUUGAAGUAAUUGGUGAAUGCCGGGAACUGCAGUGAAAUUCUUUUCGUUUCAUACAAUAAAUUACUGCGAUCUCAAAUGUGUUGCUGAAAAGAGUGAUGGAAGCAAAUUCAGUGAAAACAUUCAAAACAACCUGGAAUAUUACGUGUAGAAAGAUGAUUUCCAGGGAGUGGUGUUGGGAGGUGAACUAAUUGAGCAAUCUCUCAAAGUGCAGGCACAAUGUGCUAUGUAGUCUCUGUGCUCUCCUGCUCUCUCACUCAAGGACUUUUGACCUGGAAUGCUCAGAUUCAGGCCCAUGUAACCUUGUCCCAUGUUAGAACCUGGCGAUUAUGGAAGAUUCUCGACACAGUGGAACAGGUUAUUGUGUACACUUUUGCCUGGGUGCUUAAUCGGUCAAAUUAUAAACGGCAGCUUGUUUAGUUUACUUUAAAUUUCACUAGGACUUGAAGAGUUAAUAGCAGAGAUUGCCAGAAAUAUGUGUUGUAAUUAUCUAUAAUCAAAAGUAUUUUUUAAAAUUCCAUUUAAGCUAGUUAAUUUUAAAAGAUGCUUUUAAAAGGUUCUUACUAAGCAGAUGAUGCAGCUACAGGUCCAUACUAAUCACUGCUUUUAAAGACUAAUCACAUUUAAUUACUUUUCAAUUAAAUCUAAUUAAUAAACAGCAAAAUAAGGAAGUUUAAUCGCUCUUCUAAGGAAUGGAACUACUAAAAUGAAAGGUAAAAUACAAUUCUAAAGAUGUUGUUAAUCUCUUUAGAAAUUAAUGUACCUUCACAAAAUAAUUACUAUCUGUAAUUCUAAGAGUACAAGUGUUAUGUUUUAUUACUGGCUAAUGUGUUAAAUUUAAAGUCAGGAAGGGUUCUUUCACAAAAUGUUUUGAUGUUUAAAUAUAAUUAAAUUUACAGCAUAAAGGUUGAAAAUGUUUGAGUGAAAGUCUAUUGCUUAAGAAGUUUUGCUUUUAUAAUGAUUGUUCCACCUUGAGGAUGACAAUGACUUGCGCUGAGUAUGGUUCCUUGAUGUAGGAAGAUGAGGGAACAUUUAUUAAGCCUCAUAAAAUUAAUGAGAGUCAAAAUAAUUCAUUUCUGAUCAUGCAGGGAUGUUCAUGACAAGAUGUAUUUUUGCACAUUUGAUUCCUUUGAGUUUUACCCCUAUUACAGAUGUCAUGAAGGAUUUCAACAGAGAGUAAUUGAAACAUGGCAUAAGUUUGAGGGUAGGAUUACACAGAGAAAAACUUGUUUAACUCUGCAACGAUUCUAGAUCCAGUCCUCCACUACAUAACAACUACCCACAUUAAAAUCUGGUCUUAAAGUCCAUGAGGUCAUGACAUUAGUAAACAUGAGGUGAUAAGAACAGGUCUCAACUCAUAAUAAUUUGAUAUUAAAAUUAAUUGUGCAUUUACAAUUUAAUUUACAAAUAUGUAUAUUUGUUACACAGAUACAUCAAAAGUCUGCCUUUCAGGCCAGGACAUUACUGAGUUCCUAAUGUACUUUUUGUAUACGACCAGCAUCUGUGCUGGAACUAAUCUCUGAAGCAAACAAAAGUGUUCUUCAGAAUUCUGUCUGUUGUCUAACUCUUCAGUGGAACAUAACACCUAAAUAAGAUUUAUUUUUGACAGCCUUAUGGGUCGUAUUGUUUCUUGUGCCGUGUACUGAACAUUUAACCUAUCAACUCAAUUUAGCAUCCCAGUGCAGGAUAUAAAACAUAGCCCUUGCUUUGUGGUUACCACUCUAAACCAAUAGGUUGCAGAGUCAGUUCAGUGUUGAAGUAAAUGAAGUUAUCCACACUGCUUCAGGAGGCUGAUGGCUGAAGAGUAAUAACUUCCUGAACCUGGUGUAUGGGACACCAAGUACAUCCUGGAUGGCAGCAGAGAGAAAAGCAUGUCCUGUAUGGCAGGAGCCCUUGAUAUGGAUGCUGCUACUUUGUGGCAGUUCUCCUGAAGAUGUGCUCAAUGGAGGGGAUGACUUUUCAGAUUUUUAGAAUAUUUCUUCACAGUUUCCAAACACUGCUAAUGAUCAAGCAUAUUUUGAAAUAGCUGGAAGGAAUAUACUUUAAAUAAAACCAAUUAAAAGCUUGUUUAGCUAAGGUCGCCUCUAAGAGGCCACAUCCUUGUGGUUGGGUUUUAUGUUUUGACUCUUGGUAGAAUCACCCAUGCUAAAACAGGGCAAAGGGUAGAGGCCAGACUGAGAGUGGUCCACCAGUCCGUCAGGUUCUGGGGUUCAGCUCAGGAUUAACAACUCUGACUGACAAUAAACUGGACUGGUCAAAGAACACUGAGGCUGUCUACAAGAAGCGUCAGAGCGUCAGAGGAGACUGAGGUCCUUUAACAUCUGCCAGACGAUGCUGAGGAUGUUCUACGAGUCUGUAGUGGCCAGUGCGAUCAUGUUUGCUGUUGUAUGCUGGGGCAGCAGGCUGAGGGUAGCAGACACCAACAGAAUCAACAGACUCAUUCGUAAGACCAGUGAUGUUGUGGGGAUGGAACUGGACUCUCUCACAGUGGUGUCUGAAAAGAGGAUGCUGUCCAAGUUGCAUGCCAUCUUAGACAAUGUCUCCCAUCCACUACAUAAUGUACUGGUUGGGCACAGGAGUACAUUCAGCCAGAGACUCAUUCCACCAAGAUGCAUCACAGAGCAUCAUAGGAAAUCAUUCCUGCCUGUGGCCAUCAAACUUUACAACUCCUCCCUUGGAGGGUCAGACACCCUGAGCCAAUAGGCUGGUCCUGGACUUAUUUCCUGGCUUAAUUUACAUAUUACUAUUUAACUAUUUAUGGUUUUGUUACUAUUUAAUUAUUUAUGGUGCAACUGUAACGAAAACCAAUUUCCCCCAGGAUCAAUAAAGUAUGACUAAAAGAAAAUUGUUAUGGAAACAGCAAUGAAGUCAUCUGAGUUUGAUGGUAAUCAUAAGUUUUCACCUGGGACUUGUGUGACUGACAGUAGUGAAAACCGAGAGGAAGCUACUGACAUGAUGAAGAAAAUCCUGAACACCAUCAGAGAUGGAGGACCUUCAUAGCUGGGAUGCUGGACGGCAUCUCAGAGCGCGUCAUCAAAAAGUGUGCGCUGAACAGCUGGCUGGUGUGUAAGCAGACAUUUUUAAUCUCUCCCUCUCCCAGUGUGUAGUGCCCUCCUAUUUCAAAUCGUCCAUCAUAGCAGACAGGAAGCAAAGAGUGGGAAUAAACGGGACCUUUUCAGAAUGGCAGGCGGUGACUAGUGGGGUACCGCAAGGCUCAGUGCUGGGACCCCAGUUGUUUACAAUAUAUAUUAAUGACUUGGAUGAGGGAAUUGAAUGCAGCAUCUCCAAGUUUGCGGAUGACAUGAAGCUGGGCGGCAGUGUUAGCAGUGAGGAGGAUGCUAAGAGGAUGCAGGGUGACUUGGAUAGGUUGGGUGAGUGGGCAAACUCAUGGCAGAUG